CCAACACUGAAUUCGAUUAGGAGAGGGUUCCCGCCGCAGUGGUUACCGCGGAUCAGGAGCCGCGUGAAAAUUUAGCCCGACAUGCCGAAAUCGGUAAUAGAUGUGUGGACACUGGAUAGUAACCAGAUUCGACCGGCCCUCCGGAAAAGCCACCCCUGACUUCCUAAAUUUUGUGUAUCAGAAUUUGUUGCCGGUCGGAAAAGAUGUAUCCUAUCCUAUCUUCUGUAUAGGUGUCCUAUGUACAUUUAUAUACCUUUUUGUUCAGAGACUCUGUGCCUGCCUGCCUUGACGUUCUGUCCGUGAACUUCCUGCCGACCAAUGUCGAACAGCCCCCGGAGCGUCCAGUCCGCCGCGGGCGACCUUGCAGAUGCCGGUUCGCCCCUCUCAUCACCAGCGACCUCCCCGUCUUUAACACGCCGCUCGGCGAGGGCGAGAUUCAAUCCGACAGGGAAUCGAGCUGGUUCCCGCCCGGCGUCGCCCACCGCGUCUGUCGUCUCUUCUUCGCCAACAUCAUUGAAAACCAAAGAGGAAACCGCUCACUUCAGGAAUGCUCAACGAGAGCGGUGCGUUUCGCGUGACGGCACAACGGAUGAGGAUCUGCUGUCGCGCGUGCGGGCGCUCGGACUGGAGCUUGCUGACUACGACGCCCCCAACAGUCUUGUGGGCGAACUAGGGUGGCACCAUCUUCUUUGCAAACAGCUCUUUGCCCGCGUCCCGUAUGAGGAGCUCCCUCCGGCAACGCAAACCCUUCUUGCGCCCUUCGUCCUCCCUGAAGCCCAUACAUGCGGAACGCUGUUGGACGUCGUAUCAUUUACCAAACAGGAGAAGGCGGCGUUCGACAAAUCUCGUGCGCUGAUGGGUGUUCCAUGGAUGGUGGUGACGCCAAGGACAGAAUCGGUCUUUCAAAUUCAUAUUUACAUGAUACUGAGAGAGUUUUUCGACUACGCCGUCAACGUAAACGAGAAGAACAAGGUCCCCUAUGCGUGUAUGCCAGGAUACCGCCUGGGCAUCCCCGAUAUCGCCGCCAAUUGCCGCGGUGCUGCCCUGGACAGCGGUCUAAGCCCCAAUGGCAUGGGACACGAGAGGUUCGUUCCAGCCGCCAUAAUUGGUGAAGUCAAAGGGGAUGUCAGUCCGGUGAGCGCCGAGCCGCAACUAGCCUCGUAUCUUGGCGGCCAAGCGGUUAUGCUUCUAGCUGCAGGUGUACCUGCCGAUCAGGUUUACGUCGUUGGGUUCACUUUGGGAGGAUGGCAAGUCGUUUUUGGAGCAGUAACUGUGCGCCCCAAUCCCGACAAUCCGGCCGCAGCGCAGUUGGUGUAUACGCGGGUGUUAGAUUUUGGACGGUUGGACCUCGAGAGUUCAUGGCAGGCGACUGGCGUUGCGCGAAUGCUGGUGGCUCUGGCUCGUUUGCGGAAAGACUUGGAGGAUAAAUUGCAGAAGGAUGGAGGUUUCUUGUUCCGCGCCGCUGCCGAUCACUUCGACACGGACGACGAAGCAGAUGACGACGACGACGACGCCGUAUUCCUGGCCGCCUCUCGUUGCCACGAGGGCAGCGACGAGACAGUAUCUUCUUCGGCUCUUCAGGGCCCGCGGUCAAAGUAUGCAGAGGUACUGGACUGGGUGGCCGGUGUUGGAGCGGCGCAUGCGGAGGAUGCCUAGAAGGUUUAUAUUCAAAAGGCUUGAUGAAAAUCAGGAGAUAAAUUAAAAGAAACUAGAAGUGAUCAAGAAUAUCCGGGCUGCAGACGUUGUGAGGCAGAUGUGGCAUGUUGCAAUCUUCCUUUGUUUCAAUAAAGGUGCGUCAAUUCCCAACAUUUCAACCACAUGCAAUACGCGGGAGGCGACAAGCUGCGAGCAUACCUGAUUCGGAAGGGUCCCUUCAGAGCAUUGCCCCGUCCUCAAUUACACAAUCUGAGUACAUCCUCCUGAUCGCAUCUAUUCACAAUGAGUUUCGGACAUACAUUGGCAGGAACAAUGCAGGUGCCCAGCGAACCGGAAUUGGGGGGAGUUAUGGGUUCACCCCGGCAGCAU